AUGGCACCUACAACAAUUCAAACUCAAACGACUCAAAAGACUCCAACUUCAGUUAAGUUCACUUCCAAAACCAAGGAAGCAAGUUUUGCUGAUUGGGAGACCUUCAAGUUUAAUCCUAUUAGAGAGUCGACUGUUUCUAGAGCAAUGACUAGACGUUAUUUCGCUGAUUUGGAUAAGUAUACUGAAUCUGACAUUGUCAUCAUUGGUGCUGGAUCAGCAGGAUUAUCAGCAGCUUACAUCUUAGGUAAGAAUAGACCUGAUUUGAAAGUAGCUAUUAUCGAAGCCAGUGUCAGUCCUGGUGGAGGUUGUUGGUUAGGGGGACAAUUAUUCAGUGCCAUGGUCGUACGUAAACCAGGACACUUAUUCUUAGAUGAUUUAGGACUCAAGUAUGAUGACGAAGGAGAUUAUGUCGUUGUUAAACAUGCAGCUUAUUUCAUGUCCACCUUAUUAUCUAAAGUUUUAGAAUUCCCUAACAUCAAAUUAUUCAAUGCUACUGCUGUUGAAGAUGUUAUCACUAGACAAGACGAAUCAGGGUUAAGAUUAACUGGGGUUGUCACCAAUUGGACCUUAGUUUCAUUAAACCAUGACACUCAAUCAUGUAUGGAUCCUAACACCAUCAAUUGUAACGUUGUUAUUUCAGCCAGUGGUCAUGAUGGUCCUUUUGGAGCUGGAACUGCCAAAAGAAUGUCCCAAUUAUCCCAAAUCGAAUUGGGUCAUAUGAGAGGAUUAGACAUGAAUACCGCUGAAGAUGCUAUUGUUAAAGGUACUAGAGAAGUAAUCCCCGGUUUGGUGGUUACUGGUAUGGAAUUAGCUGAAAUCGAUGGAUCCAAUAGAAUGGGUCCAACAUUUGGUGCUAUGGUUUUAUCAGGGGUAAAAGCUGCCGAAUCAGCAUUGAAUGUCUUAGAAACCAGAAAAGCUCAAAAUGAAGCAGACAUUAAAUCUUUAAAUCAUAAAUGUUGA